CAUGAGAGUUUCUGCCGCUAACAUCAUCUCGGUAUUCUUUUUAGACGAAAACCUGCGACGAUGCCCCCGAAAAACGAUCCCGAACUCGUAGCCCUGCGGAAGGAGGUCGAGGAUUUGUACAAAAAACUGCAGGAGGCUCAGAAGAAGGUGGAAGACACCAGCCUGGAAAAGGCCUGCGAGAGCGUAGGCGCUGCGCCCAAGGUGAAGCUCUCCACGAAGAAACUGAUGAAAGGGCAUUUGAAUAAAGUAAACUCGAUCCAUUACAGCGGGGACAGUCGCCAUUGCGUUACAGGCUCUUUGGAUGGAAAACUGAUCAUAUGGGACACCUACACUGGGAAUAAAAUGCAGAUCAUACCGCUGAGGUCGGCUUGGGUGAUGAGCGUGGCGUUUGCUAGUUCGGGAAAUUACGUUGCUUGCGGAGGAAUGGAUAAUAUGUGCACAGUGUACGAUUUAAACAACAGGGAUGCGAACGGCGUGGCGAAAAUGGUGAGAGAACUAGCCGGUUACGAUGGGUUCCUGAGCUCCUGCAGAUUCCUGGACGAUAAAUCCCUCAUAACAGGAUCGGGUGAUAUGAAAAUUUGUAAAUGGGACUUGGAAACCGGCAGGAAAGUCUCCGAUUUCAUUGCACACAACGGCGACGUAGUAUCUAUAAGUUUAGCCCCGGAUGGGAACACUUUCGUCACGGGAAGCGUCGAUAAAACCUGCAGGCUUUGGGACAUCAGAGAAAACAAACCUAAACAGACGUUCUUCGGGCACGAAGCGGACGUAAAUUCAGUUAGUUAUCACCCAAGUGGGUAUGGCUUCGCAACAGGCUCAGAAGACAAAUCCGCCAGGAUGUUCGACAUCAGAAGCGACCAGCAGUUAGCUUUGUACAAACCACCUUCGCCUAACAGCGGUUUUACAUCGUGCGCUUUGUCGAUUAGUGGAAGAAUAUUACUUUGUGGCUCCGACGACAAUAACAUACACAUGUGGGAUACGUUGAAAAACCAACACAAUGGUGUACUAUCCGGUCAUGAUAAUAGAGUUACGUCGAUUUCGGUGGCGAAUAAUGGCAUAGCAGUCGCCUCGUGCAGCUGGGAUCAAACGGUUAGAGUUUGGGGAUAAUUUACAAGGAUUCCACUGGACUUCACGAUUUAUAUGAUGAACCGCUGUAGUAGGAUUACGGAAAUCCGAAUGCUCAGACUAUGAAAUAAUUACUGUAUUACUUAUACUUAGUUUAUCUUUUAUUGAAGUUAAUAAAUGUAUCUUCCCAUCGGCUCUUAUUAUGAUACAGCAUUC